AUGAAAGUUGGUGUUAAGUAUAAUGCCAUGAACAAUUAUACUAGAGAGAUCUUUACUCCCAUUCCUGGAAAUUUUAACGGUGAUACGGACAUUCGGUUGUAUAUCAGUAUUCGAUCUGCGUUCAACAGGAGGCGGUACUCGUGUUAUUGCGACAUCAGUGAAGACCAGCGUAUGGAUGAACAAGAUACCAACCCCGAGACGACGCCUUUUGCGAUUAAAGACGAGGAGAUCUUGCCAAUGCUUUACAAUCCACUCCCAGCCGACCUUCUAACACCCAAUAAAGACCUUCUGAUCCUAACUGCCGCGCUCUUCGUGCGAGACAUUUAUAACAAAACCAUGUUUGCCAAGUGGUGCUCACUCCAAACGUCCUCCAUUUUUCAGUCAGAUCGAAUCAAGCCUGUUAUCCACGCCCGCUUUAUCAUGAACAGUGGCCUAUCGCAUGUAACCUUGGAUACUCCCGGAGCAGAGCUGUCGUGUCUUAUCUGGUAUCCAUCUAUCCCACAAAAAUCGGUACUUAGAGAGUUUUUUCGGCGUCAACCGAUGAUGAAGCCCAUCAUUGCAGGAACUUGCAUCAUCGCUGACUACAAGGCCCUCCAUGCCCUUCUGGAUGCAGAUCUGGAUAUUAGAAUAAUGAAGGAUGCUCACGAUAGCUUGAAUCCCCACUAUAUCCAAGACUUGGAAACUAAUGUUCCUCAGCGUGGCUACAAAAGCUUCUGCCGCCGGUCUCUUUGCGAGUUCCCACGAAAACUGGAGAUUAUUGAACAUCCACCGUCCUGCUUGCGCAUCAAAUUUACAGAUUCGGGGCCAGACAUUGAAGAGGACGGUCUAUCAUACAGUGGUAACAUACCAAAAUUUGGGGGGCUUCAAUUGUCAGUAUCGGCCCAGACCUGCUCAAGCAGUAUGUCGCAGAGAAUAAUUGCGUGA